AUGCACCAAAGAGCAGAAGAAAUUAAUCCAUCAUUUAUCUGGAGAAAAAAUGUCAAAGCUGAAAAAAAUUUAAUAGAGUCAUUGGAAAAAUUGAUAGAAUUUGAUCUUGAUGAUGAUGAAAGUGGAUUUAUUGAUAUAAAUAGAGACCCACAAUAA